CGAUCAGCAGCUGUAAGAACGUGACACGGAAGAAUCUGAUAUAUGACUCGAGAAGACAAACAUCGAAACGUCAUGACAGAAGAUGAACCAGGUCACUCCAGGGAAAGAAGCAAAACCCCGGCAACGCCCCCGGACACCCUCAGUUCCCAAAGAGUGUUCAAGAAAUCGGCUCCUAACAACAAACUGACCCUUUACCUCAGUAGUCGAGAUCUGGUGAUAUCAGACAACAAGAUAGACCUACUACAGGGUGUCAUCCUAGUAGAGCCAGAUUAUCUUCAAGAUCGAAAGGUUUACGGGCAGGUGACGCUGACGUUUAGGUAUGGUCGUGAGGACGAGGAAGUGAUGGGGCUGAAGUUCUGCAAUGAGGCUGUGAUGUGCCUCGCUCAGCUGUACCCGCCCCACGAACGAGCAGCCCCACAAACCACCACCCCGCUGCAGGAAGCUUUAAUCAAAAGACUGGGGCCGAAUGCACAUCCGUUCACGAUGGAAGUGACGCCCCUGGCACCGCCCAGCGUCCAGCUGGUUCCAGCCAAGGAGUACAGCGGUGCCCCAAUCGGGACCAGCUACGACGUUCGAGCCUACGCUGCGGAGCGUGCAGACGAGAAGACGCAUCGACGUAGCACGGUACGAAUGGGGAUCCGUGUGGUACAACGGUGCGUGCCCCGCGUGCCAGUGACCCCGGGUUCGCCAGCACGUUCCAUCGAGCAGCUAGUGGGGCCACCGCCACACGCAGCCGUAGACAAACCUUUCCUGCUAAGCGAUGGACGUGUCGAACUGGAGGCGUCCCUAGACAAAGCUAUGUACAGCCACGGAGAACCCAUCCUGGUAAACACAGCCGUGCAUAACAACAGUGGCAAGACCGUGCGUAGGAUUAAGGUAUUUGUGGUGCAGCAUGUGGAUGUCUGCAUGUUCUCCAAUGGUAAGUUCAAGAAUGUGGUGGCUCUAGUGACAAGUCGGGAUGAGUGCCCUUUGGGACCAGGAUCAUCCCUAAGUCGCACGUACACUUUGUACCCAACUAAGGGGACUACUAAGAACUGGAUAGCUCUUGAAGACUCAUUCAGUAGAGCCGGAGCAUCUCUAGCAUCCACCGUCACAAGUGCAUCCAAUUCGCCAGAAGAUCGAAACGUGUUCGCUAUCUAUGUCUCUUAUUAUGUUAAAGUGAAACUCCUGGUCGGGGCCAUGGGUGGAGAGCUAGCAUUAAAAUUACCCUUCACGCUUAUGCACUCCACUUCAACAAUGGAACUCAAUGAAUCUUUGUCCUUAUCCCCACCAAAAUCACACCCUUCAAAAGAGGCGAGUCCAUCUGCAGAGAAGAAAAAGAAGACCAAUACAAGGGAGGAAGAAGAUGUGAUACUGAAAUGUGAUGAAGAGCCCACCUGAGAGUCAGAGAGCAAUGCAAGGAAGUCAAGUGGUGAUACUCAAAACUGUGAUUUAUUGAAUGUCACCAAUAAAAAGGAAAAGUGUAACGAGGCUGUUGAAAAUCAGUUCACCAACAUCAACAGACUGAUGGUUCAGAGAGUACUGUGCUGUUUUGGAACCAGACGGAACAAGUGACGACACAGUGACGGCGACCACGUCUCAGAAUAGUAUUCGGUGAUCUAUGACACCUAACUACACAAAGUGAAAUAUCAGUAAUUUAAUGAAGUUGUGAUUGGUAAAUUACAAUUUAUCUAAAACUGCACAUAACCAAGGCUGAAAAUCACAAUUCUCAAAUACCUCACUCAAUAAACAUGAUUAGACAUGAGAUUGACUAUUCGAAUUUGCUUAGUAUAAGCAGAAAUACUUUCUGUUUCCCACCACAUUCAAAGUACCUUUGGUCUCUACACUUCAACUCCUGUCUGUUGAAAAAAAGGAGUCCUUCAAGGACCUCGGGGGGUGGGUGGGGGCAUGAAACUGACCACUCACUUCCACGUAGCCCCAUCCUUAAAAACCCUUAAUAGAAGAUUUUACUUUCAUUCCCUAUGUCACUGGGCACAAGGUAUUUCAAACCACACCUAGGGAAAUUUCUAUCUACCAGUCAGAAAAUUAAUGAAUCAGAUGGUCAGUAAUUUCUAACAAUGUUUGAUUCAUUACCCUAGUAUAAUUACGUCAUAAUAUCAUCAGACAGCCAAGUCUGACAAUUUAAUAGGUGACAAUAAGUGAAAUAAAACAACUUUAACAAACAUCCAAUAAAAUCGUUGGUCUUCUGGGUUGUAACUCCAUGCGGAAACGAUGGUAUCGACCUACAAGUCUACAACAGCCUUACAACCCGCAAGACCAACAUAAAAUGAUGAUGACCUCAAAUCGCAUAUUCCGGUAAAAACCCAUUGAUUUUAUAUUUGAACAUGAAACAAGGGAAAAAUGGAUAUAAAAGAAGACAACCUAUUCCCUUUAUGAUAAAUAUAAUUACAAAAUAAUUAACUAUUAUUAAUGUAAUAUUUCUUCCAAAAUGUGGGUAUCCACCUAAAGUCCAGAAGACUGCCAUGGAAAUCUUCACCACUGUGAGAAUUUCAGAUCUCUAAGAGAAACACGUUCAUGAAGUAAAAGCUGUAUACUUUCAGAAAUCUGAUGAAAUACUGAAGGAACAUAACUUUAACAAUAAGUGAAGUAGUUAACACAACACAGCAAAAUGUUGAACAAAGACUGUCACACUGUUUUUAGCAAAAAUUUAAAUUUUAUAUUUAAACUUCACACCAAACGUAAGACAGAUUUAAACCUGGGUCUUCUGAUCACCAUAUUUUAGAAUUCGUAAGGAUGUGAAACAGGGAAGUUAUGACUUAUUUCAAGGGUAUACUGCAGCAUUCACCUAGAGGGGACUGAGGAAAGUCAUGACAGUAAUGAUAACCAUAUUCCAUUAUGUGGUGGGGAGUUCCAGUAGAACAAGGCACUCUGAAGGAAAACAAUGAUUUUAAAAUUUCUGAAAAAGAAUCAGAUUACAUUCUGCUUCCUUAUUAACCACUCAAAUAUUGUUUGUAUGUUCUUAGUGUGGAGAGAGCCUAAAUUUUCUACUGAAUCUCAAAACUGUUGCAUAAAGGAUCACUGGAAUUAAAUAUUCAUGAGAGAAAGAAAGAAAAAGAAACAAUUUUAAACAGCUGACAGACUGUACCUGGUGAGGAGCUAAGUGUGGCUGAUAUUUCCAAUUUACCAAAGGCUGUGAUGACAAAGUGUUAGAAUUAAUGAAGAUGUAGAAACAAACAUCUGACAGUCUGGAAGAAAGGCUAGAACCAAAUGACUCUACUACUCAUUGCUCUCUAAAAUAAUGGCCUGAAAAUUUUAUGGCAAGCCUCAUCAGUUAUUUAUUCAAUGAAAUAUUCUGUCUUCAACAUAAGUAAUUGCACAUAUCUCACACACACUACACACUGUUCAAAUGAACGAAGUGGUACCGGUUGAAACACGUAACACCCCCCUCCCCCCAAAAAAUGACUUGUAUAUUUAUAGUCCACAUAUAGAGAAGAAUAUCAUUAUACAUGUAUAAAUGUAACCUCCAUUUAUAAAUUUCUUGGUGUGUUCUUAUAUUUUGACUACUACAGGUAAAAUUUGUGUGUAUCUUGUUGGUAUAUCUGUCAAUUAAGCAUGCAACAUGUUUUUGCACGUAGCAAACUAAAACUGUGGUGAUGUUACUUUUAUCUGCAAAGCUUCAUAAUUUUUAAUUCAGUCCUUAAAUGCUGAUUUUAAGUCCAAGAAAAAGAAGCAACAGAAUUAACCAGGAAGAAUUAGCAACAUAUUUGAAGUAUGGGAGAUCAAUUGACGCAAUGCUCUUAACCACCACAAUACCUUAUGAUCAAAAACAAGUAACUACUGAGAAAAUGCUGCUAUUAACAAAAUGUUUACUUUGCCUAAAUACUAAGAAAAUUUCAUUGCCAUAUCUAAUGUCAACAUUGGUCACAGUGUGCAUGAUGGAUUAACACAUACUGUGAUCAUUAAUAUGACGUCAAGUGGUACAAAGUAAAUAACACACAUAUGUUCUCUAGCCUGUUACUGUAAUAUUCUGUAAUGAAAGCAGACAGUACUCUUUAGCAGUGUAAAAUGCACCAAACUUAUGGAUCAGAUUUUUCAAUAUUUGUAUGUGUACUGACAUAAGUCAAGAUAAGAAAUAUACAGGAUAAUUGUAUUUUAAUAAAAUAUUUGAAUAAAACAUAUUGUCAAUUCAGUAUAA